GUACACAAUAUGGGUGAAAAACACGGUAAAAAACACAGUGGGCCGGCAGACACGCACACGGAUGUGUCAGGGACUUCCUCAAACAGCGGUUUGUCGGCCGAGCUGCGGCAGAUCCUGGCACGGAUCGAAGGAGAGAUUCGAGCUGAGACGCGACGAGAAAUCCACUCGUGGCUUGGCCAACGCCUGCCGAACGACCGCUACCACGACUCACUUCAACGGCGACUGGUGGGCACCUGCGACUGGAUUCUUUACCGACCAGCAUUCACGCAAUGGCUCUCCUCAGAGCCAAUUACGAACGCGAAGCUGCUGUGGAUCAACGGGCCGCCAGGGUUCGGGAAAACGAUCCUCUGCGCCCGCAUCGUCGAGCACCUGUCUUCUACACUUCAAACGCCCGUCGCCCACUACUUCUUCUCUUCCGAUCUCGAGACCCGUGACGACCCUUUCUCGAUCAUACGAGCAUGGGUCUCUCAGAUCGUGUAUCAUCACGAAGAUGCGUUCGAAUACGUCCGUCAAAGGUGGGAGGCGGACGCCGAUCCUGUCGUGACGCGUGCAACUACCCUGACGAUCUUCAAGCGGCUCCUCCACAUUGUUCCUGACUGCAUCUGCGUGGUUGAUGGACUGGAUGAAUGUACUUCAUCAGACACAGGAAACUCCUCUCUCAUGGCUUUCUUUCGAUCUGUUACAGACGCCAUGUCGGGAACAAGCGCUAGAGUCCUUCUUGUGAGCCGCGAUGAACAGAGGAUCCGAUACGCGGUCACAGACAACGCCCUCGACAGCCUUAUUGAGCACAAGAUAUCGCCUGACGACGUGCGGCCAGACACGACCGUUGUUUCGAGAGAGAUCAUCGACAGAAAGCUACCUAACAAAGGCGACGAUGUGCGGUCAACCCUAUCCGAAGCAUUGGCCAAUCGAUGUGACGGCCAGUUCCUCUGGCUUACGAUGCAAGAGCCCGCUCUAAGAAAAGGCAUGAACACGAAACAGCUGCAACAAGCCAUCAAUAAUAGCCCAACCGGACUUGAACAUCUCUACGAUCACGCCUGGACCAAAAUCACUCAAUACAGAGAGCCGGACAAGGCCCGUGCCUUUGCUCUCUUGCGCUGGGCAGCAUUCGCACUCCGGCCGCUUACUGUCUGCGAGAUCACCGAAGCUGCCCUCAUCGAUGAUUCCGAAGACUUACCAUUGGAGGAUCUCCCCGACGCCCUAGACGCUGAUUACACCGAAACCGAGAUCACAGUGUGUUUAGUACACUUUACUGUCCGGGAAUAUCUUCUUCCCAACCUUCCUCUACCAACCUGGUUGAGGCAAAACCAACACCUGCACGCAUCCCAUGAACAAUUACAGAACACAUCUAUUGCAAAGGCGUGUCUUCAUUAUAUCAGCUCAAGAAGAACUUGGGAUGGCAGUCCUCUCAAUACAACAUCACCCGUUGGCAUCUCUCUCCGCAACUACGCGGCCAUAUCCUGGCACCAACAUAUUGACUUAGGUUUACCUAUGGUCAUAGAAUUAUCAAAGGUCAUCAGAGAAUUUUUCGACGAAAGAAAUCCAACAUGGAUAGCAUGGAGGACAAUGAUAGAGUUGGAAGAUGCAAAACAAGACAACAGACUGGUUGAGAUCAAUCCGCCGGGGCCGUUGUAUUACGCUGUGAGGUUUCAAUUGACUAGCGAGGUCAGGUUCCUUGUCAAAGAGAAGGGGUACAACGUGAAUGAAAACAGCAGUUUGGGAAGGUCGGCUUUGGUUUGUGCGUGUUUCAACGGCGAUGUGAAAAUUGCAGCAAUACUUAUUGCCAAUGGGGCCGAUGCCACCAUCGCCGUUGAAGAUCGACGGACGCCAAUGCAUGCGGCAUCGCAGAACGGCCAUAUCAACGUGGUCAGGCUACUUCUCGAGAAAGGGGUCGAUACCACUGUCACUGACGAAGAUGGGUGGACGCCAAUGCAUUUUGCAUCACAGAACGGCCAUAUCGAAGUAGUUAAGCUACUUCUCAAGAAAAGGGCCGAUGCCGUUGUCACGAACAACGACGGGUGGACGCCAAUGCAUGCAGCAUCACUGAGUGGCCAUGUCGACGUGGUUAAGCUGCUUGUCGAGAAAGGGGCCGAUGCCACUGCCACUGACAACAAUGGACGGACGCCGAUACAUGCGGCAUUACAAAAUGAUCACAUCGAUGUGUUCCAGAUGUUCCUCCAAACGGAGAGGAUUAAUAUUGACUGGCGAGACAAGAAUGGUCGAUCCCUGCUGUCGUUGGCGGCUGGCAACGGCCAUGAAACCAUUCUCAAAACGAUCCUAGUAAUCGACAAUCUUGACAUCAACUCGUGUGAUACCAGCGGUCGCACAGCACUUUCGUGGGCAGCUAGCAAAGGCAAAGAAAAGGCAGUAUUGUUGUUGCUUGCAAAUGGAAAGAUGGACCUCUACUUUGAAGACAAGCAUGGCUUCACACCACUCAUGAGGGCCACGUGGAGAUCCCAUAUCAAGGUGGUGAAACUACUCAUUCAAGCUGGUUGUGGGCCGCAAGACACUUGCAAAGACGGAUUGGUCUUCCAAGCCUUCAACUUCAUGUUGACGGUUGACUUUGACGAGUUUAUGACGAGUAUUGGCUAUGUCAGGGACGAAGACCUUUUGGGUCUAAGGGGACUGUUUCAGGAGCCGAUUACCAUGUAACGUUUAACAUAUCUUGAUCAAGCACAUGCCACUUCCAAUGCCUUCUAUCAAUAACCCACCCAAGAAGAGAGCGGAAUUUGACAUGAGACGGGUCUCGAGUUUGAUUUGCCGAGAAUUGUGGUGAUACAAGUCUUGAGAGUACGCGACAGCAGUAUGAU